UUCCAAUAAAUUUGGAGGCAGCGCUGGAUGUGUGAAGGCGGAACGAGCGGAGGCGUGCGCUCCUCGCUUUACAUUGCGACCGCGCGACGAGAGAACGGGAGCGGCUUCGGCGGUGGGAUGGCAGCGGACAGCUCUGAGAGCUUGUGGUUCGCGUCGAAUCCGAGCAAGAGGUGGGGGGAGGUGUUCUUCUUGCUCUACACGCCCUUUUGGCUCACCCUCUGCCUCGGGAUCAUAGUCCCCUACAGGCUUUACGAGAGAUUCACAGAAUUGGAGUAUCUGAUCAUCGGGUUGGUUUCUUCUGUCCCAGCUUUCUUGAUACCCCUCCUGAUCAUGGGGAAGGCAGACAGUUGCAAAUGCUGGAGAGAUCGAUACUGGGUGAAGGCAAAUCUGUGGAUUAUAAUUUUUAGUUAUGUUGGGAAUUACUUCUGGACUCAUUAUUUCUUCACGGUACUUGGAGCGUCAUACACUUUUCCUUCAUGGAGAAUGAACAAUGUCCCACAUACAACUUUCUUUCUCACUCAUUCUUGUUUCCUGUUUUACCAUAUGACAUCUAAUAUAACACUGCGUAGGCUGCGCCAUGUCAUUGCUGAUUUUCCACAGUCAAUUCGACUGGCCAGUGAAGCUGCAUGGAUUUUGGCUCUUUCUUAUUUCAUAGCUUACUUGGAGACUUUAGCUAUUUCAAAUUUCCCAUAUUAUGAGUUUGUCAAUCGGGAAUCAAUGUACAAAGUAGGAUCAUUGUUCUAUGCAAUCUAUUUCAUCGUGAGCUUCCCUAUGUUUUUAAGGGUAGAUGAGAAAGAGGAUGAACCAUGGGACCUUCCAAGAGUGGCUGUUGAUGCACUGGGUGCGGCAAUGCUUGUAACUAUAAUACUUGAUUUAUGGCGUAUAUUUCUUGGUCCUAUUGUUCCAAUUCCAGAAUCAAGGCAAUGCAGUCAGCCAGGACUUGCAUGGUUCCAUAUACCACAAAGCUCCAUGAAUAUGUGACCUGUAGGACGUUCCCUUCCG